CCCCCGUAUGCACGGGGUUUGCUAAGCGGAUCGCGCAGGGGUUCAGCCUUUCUGUCCGACAUCUUGAAGCAGCAGCAGCAUGCCGCCCAAGGACGAUAAGAAGAAAAAAGAUGCGGGCAAGUCCGGUAAGAAGGACAAGGACCCAGUCAACAAGUCCGGGGGCAAGGCCAAGAAGAAGAAGUGGUCCAAGGGGAAAGUGAGGGACAAGCUCAACAACUUGGUCCUCUUCGACAAGGCCACCUACGACAAGCUGUACAAGGAGGUGCCCAACUACAAACUCAUCACCCCCGCUGUGGUGUCCGAGAGGCUGAAGAUCAGGGGAUCCCUGGCCAGAGCCUCCCUCCAGGAACUGCUCAACAAAGGUAUGAUCAAACUGGUUUCUAAACACAGAGCUCAGGUUAUCUACACGAGAAACACCAAGGGACCCGAUGCACCAGAAGAGAAGGAGGCCUAGACAUGGUCAGUGGGAUGCCAGUGAAUGUUGGGGAUUGUACAAAAUAAAAAGUUAAAAUGUU